AUGCAAUCGCAUGCACCUGAGGUAUCACUGUCUAACCCGGUGAGUUCUGAUGACUCUGAUAGACCCCUGAUUGUCUUACAACAGAAAGCUAAGGCAAGAAAUGUCACUCGGAAGCGCAAAGGCAAUUCAGCACAUGGAAGAAGCGCUCAGAAAAGGAAGACAACUCGGAAAGGAAAAGGAACGGGUGAUGAAGGUCCUUCAGAACCAUCUGUCACACCUAGUGAAACAGGUGUGAAACCUCUUUCUGAUAGAUUCUUAUCUGUAGAAACUAAGAAGAGGUUUGACAAGUUUAAAGGAGUAGAUGUAAUUGCUGAACGCAAUGUCAAUGUGAUGGAUUUUCGAAAAAAUCGCAUUUGGACUCUGUUUGAAGAAAGGCAACUGACGGGGACGAUGACCUAUGCAUGUGCAUUUAGUAAAAUGCUUGUCAGAGAGUUUUAUGCGAAUCUCACUCAACGCACUGACAUCCCUGGAGACUUCUUGCAUCACAAGGCCUAUGUGAGAGGUAGAUUUAUUGAGUUUUCUCCAACAGUUAUCAAUCGGUUGCUGGGAACACCUGAUAAUGCCUUACAAGGAUUGGAAGAUUUACCUGAAGGAACUUCACUUGAAGAUUUAGAGGUAGCUCUCACUGAAGAGUAUCUGGCAGAAAGGAAUGGGAAGAUUCCCAUAACAUGUCUCAAGUUUGAAAGUCGGGUUAUGCAACUGAUUGGAAAGACAAAUUGGUUACCGACUCGAAGAUCUGAUGUGAUUCAAGAUGAGUUAGCACUACUGAUAUACAAGUUGUUGAGGAAAGAGGAUGUAAAUCUUGGCCGCAUCAUCUACAGUCACAUACUGUCUCGAGCUGCUGAUAUGAGACUGCGAUAUUUGCUGCCUCACCCCUGCCUCAUCCAGAGCAUUAUUGUCCGACAAAGUCCAGAGAUUCUUGUUGAUUCGGAGAUCACUGAAGUAAUUCAGCGACCAUUGGUCAUUGAAUCCAGAGUACAACAGGCUAGGAUGAGUCGAACACAACUCUGUAGCAAGGCGUUUACUAUCCUCAUGAAACAUGACAAGCAGUUACUUCAAGUGGAACAACUACAGAGGAAGAACACUAAAAUCAUAGCCCAAAUUCGUGCUCGUCAACAUGCUCUUUGGGAGGAGUUUCAGAGGGGAGAAAGUGAAGGUGGAGCACCCUCAUCAAGUGCAAAAGACAAAGUCAAAGGAAUAAUGGGUGAGGAUGACGUGUCAAAUGAAGUUGAAAAGGAGGAGGAAGGAGAAUCAGAAGGAGAAUCAGAAGGAACAGAGUGA